AUGUCACAAAAAAUUUACAUCAACUCACCCUUAAACGUGCCUUUACUAUCAAACAAAAAUGAAGUAUCUUUUUUUCAAACAUGUCUUAAUGGACUCAAUGCAAUUGCAGGUGUUGGAAUACUAUCAGUUCCAUAUGCAUUAGCCUCAGGAGGGUGGUUAAGUUUAGCACUUUUAAUUUCGAUUGCAGCAGUAGCAUUUUAUUCGGGUUUAUUAAUGAAAAGAUGCAUGGAAAAAAAUCCGAAUAUUCGAACAUAUCCUGAUAUAGGUGAACUUGCAUUUGGAAAAACAGGAAGAUUAAUAGUAUCAAUAUCAAUGUAUACAGAACUAUACUUGGUUUCGAUAGGGUUCUUGAUUCUCGAAGGAGACAAUUUGAGUAACUUAUUACCUAUUGAAGAGUUUCAUGUGGUUGGUUUAUCGAUCGGUGCAAAGCAAUUCUUUGUGAUAUUGGUUGCACUGAUUAUUUUGCCGACGGUUUGGUUGGAUAAUUUGAGUUUGCUUUCUUAUGUAUCUGCCAGUGGUGUCUUUGCUUCUGCUAUUAUCAUUUUGUCAAUAUCAUGGACUGCAGCAUUUGAUGGAGUUGGUUUUCAUCAAAAAGGUGAUUUAGUAAAUUGGAAUGGAAUCCCUUCUGCUGUUAGCUUGUAUGCUUUUUGCUAUUGUGCACACCCAGUUUUCCCUACUCUCUACAAUUCCAUGAGGAACAAGCACCAGUUCUCAAAUGUCCUAAUAGUAUGCUUUAUAUUAACCACAGCUGGUUAUGCAUCAAUGGCUAUAAUUGGUUACUUAAUGUUUGGUUCAAAAGUUGAAUCACAAGUAACAUUAAACUUACCACUAAACAAAUUAAGUUCAAAAAUUGCAAUAUACACAACCUUGGUGAAUCCAAUAGCAAAGUUUGCUUUGAUGGCAACACCAAUUACAAAUGCUCUGAAAGAUUUACUUCCAAGGACAUACAAGAAUAAUAGAGUGACCAACAUCUUUGUGAGCACUGUCCUUGUAAUUAGUAAUGUUGUUGUUGCAUUGAGUAUUCCAUUCUUUGGUUCUCUUAUGUCAUUGGUUGGAGCAUUUCUAAGUGUCACUGCUUCUAUUUUGCUUCCUUGUUUGUGUUACUUGAAGAUUUCUGGCACUUUUAGGAAUUUUGGGGUUGAGACUGUGACAAUAGUGAUGAUAAUAGUAGUAGCUAUAGUAAUGGGAAUAUCUGGGACAUAUACUUCAGUUGUUGAAAUAGUGCAAAAUUUGUAA